AUGGACACAAAGAAAAUUUGCAAUCGUAAUGACGAAGAAUGGGGAGACUUUGUCACUAGAUAUGAAACUAUCCUGGAAAACACAGCCAUCCAAAGCUCUGUCAUCCUUUAUAGCGUCGCAAAUGCGAAGGACUAUCUUAGAGUCUGAGAGGUAGGAGUUGGAUGAGGACUUGCAGCAAGAAUGUUCGUCACUGGAAUUAUGAAGAAAGGAGCUACUUACUUUGCUAGUGACUUGGCUGAUGGCAUGAACAAAAGUUUUACUGAAGGUUUUAAAAGCUCUGAUUUAGCUCUCAAUCCAAAAAUAAAAUACGAAUGGAUCGAAGAAGCUAAAGAUGUUGACGUUAGUGACUAUGUUGAGAAAGAAGAAAGAGGAAUUGAAAGAAGAAUUUUUCAUUUAAAAGCAAAUAACGAGAAGCUUCCAUAUUCUGACGAAGUCUUCGAUUGCUAUCUGUCUAGUCUUUCUCUGAAUCUGGUUGAUAAUCAUAAAAAUCAACUUUCUGAAUGAUUUAGAGUUCUGCAAAAAGGUGCUGUUGCAGGAUUCACAGUUCUUGGAAGAAUAGAAAAAUGUAAUUAUGUCACUUUGGUUCCUGAAGUAAUUCAAAGUCUUGGCCAUGAAAUUAAGCCAAUUACUACUCACAAGCAUCCUGCACAUCUUGGAGAUAGGAAGGCUCUUGAAAACGACUUUAGAGAAGCUGGAUUCUCUUCUGUCAAGUCUUACUAUACUAAUAUAAACUUCAUCUUGAAGGAUCAACUUGAUUUAUACAAAUUUAUGGCAGACGCACCACCUACCAAGCACUUCUUUGAAAAUCUUGAUGACGAACAGAUGGAAGAGUUCAUGACAGAAUAUAAGAAACAGUAUAAUGAAAGAUUCGGACUGGAGACUUCUGAUCCAUUAGAAUGGGAAAUCCUAGUUGUAAUAGCCAUAAAAUAA